AUGCCCGGGUACAGAACUUUUCUGCUGUGCUUGGUCUGCGUGACCAGCACCACCUGCGACUUCGAGGAUGAGGAAACCAUGCAGGUGACGCUGUUGCAAUCCAAUCUGCAGUUGCACCUGCACCAGCAGCAAGGCACGUCCUUGGGCAGCUUCCUCCAGCGCGUCGACCUUCUGGAGGCCCGCGUCCAAAGCCUCGCCGCCCGCGUCGACGCGAAGGCGACGUCCAUGCGCGCCGCGGAGAGGAGCGGCACGCGCACGCCCUGGCUCUUUCAGCCCUUCGAGGCCAUUUGGAGCUUGGUGCGGAAGUUGGGGGAUCUGCUGGGCGACUUGGUGCUCCACCCGCGCGCACGCGCCUGGCAGCAGCUCCUCGGCUUCUGCGUCUCCACCGCAGGAGUGGUCUCCUCCGGCAUGGCGCUGAACCUUCGGCCCAUCGAGGUCUCCCGGAUGCCCUGCAUGGCCCUGGCGCUGAUGGUCGGUGUGCUGUCUCUGGCCCUGGCGGGUGCUGUGUGCCAUCCAUUCAUCCCCUGGCUUUUGCUCUUCUUGCUGAUCGGCCUCGCCCAGAUGCCCCAGCGGAAGGUGGACAUCGUGUCGGACUUCGUGAGCGACACGGUGACAGGCAUCGCGGGGGGUGUCCAUGACAUGCUGAACUUCGCCACUGGAUCCGAGGAGGCGCCGCAGGCGCCGGAGAGCCACUUAGUCAAGAUCGUCGUCGCCGAGCUCAUCGGCGCGGAGAAGACUUUGGGCUUGCGCAUCGAGAACCGGGUGAUCACGGCCUUCACCAAGCCGGAGGCGGUGCGUUUCGGCUGGCGCCUGGGCGACUGCCUGGUGGUGCUGGGGCGACAACGCGUGGCAUCUCAGGAGGCGCUCCUGGCGGGCAUCGCCGCUGCCAAGGAGGCGCUGCGGAGCAACGGGAACCCCAUGGAGUUUCUGGUGGAGCGCCUUGGCGCGCGGCCCGCGUGA